AUGAGCGACGAUCGCCAUGGGAGCUUGGCUAAGCUCGUGACGAGCAAAGACUCAAUACUUACGCUGGAUACACUUCUGGUGGGCACAUACGGCAACAUCAUGAAUCACAAGUCGUCUCUGGUAUUUCCAGAUGACAUUCCUUUGUCAGAGGAGGCGAAGAGUAUUGUGCGCGGGUUUCUGACUGACUCAAGCGAUCGGCUGGGAUCCAAUGGGAUUGAAGAGAUUAAACGUCAUGAGUUUUUCCAAGGGUUUGAUUGGUCCUCAGCGGCAAACAAGACGAUGGCCCCGCCCUACAUCCCUGAGCUCCUCUCGGAAGUGGACACCACCCAUUUCGAAGACAUCCUGGAAAAACCCGUAUCUAAGGAAGAGUUUACCUCGCAACGGGGAUUCAGUGGCAACCAUCUGCCCUUUGUUGGGUUCUCCUACACCAAAGCCCAGCAAUGGGGUGCGCACCUCAUGGCUGGAGGUGGGCCUUUGGCUGGGGUGGUGGCCGAUGUCAAGCAUGUGACG